UUGAUGAGAUUUUAUUUCUUCCAACUGCAAGAGAACUGUAGAGAAGAAAUGGAAACAAAUAAUGAAAAGGAAAAAUAUUAGUGUGAGAAAGAGAGAGUGAAUUAGUGUGUGUGAGAGAAAGUUGAAAAAAAAAUUAGUACUACUACAAAUUUAAGAGAGAGACAAGAAAGAUGGUACUGUUGCAUAGUCUUAAAUUGAGGAAGAGGUAGCAGCAGUGGCCAUGGCGGCGUUGCAGAGUCUGUGACUUUAAUGCACCAUAAAAGUAGAGAAGUGCAACAAUUUUUUUUUCACCUCUUUCGAUUUCCUGAAAAACAAAUAAAAUUGUCCUGAAAAGCUGCUAGAAGCACUUAAUAUAGCCCAAAAAGAAAAGAAGAAUUCCAAUCAAAUAGCUGUUAGAUGAUCAAUAUCAUAGCCAUUUACUAGGCUUAAAGAGGUUUGGUUUUUGUUUUUUUUUUGGCUAUGGAUAUAGAGUUGUUAAAAUUGAGGACAAAUACUUCAGCAGAGAUAUGUCUGGAUUCUUCACACUAGGAGGUGGUGGAGGUGGAAAUAAGAACCAACAACAACAACAAGAGCAAGAUCAAUUAGCUACAAAUAGCUUACUUCUUUUCAAAGACGACGAGAUCUACAAUAAGGGUUUCGAGUUAUGGCAGCAGUACUAUCAGUUGCAUCAACAACGAGCACAUCCUCAUCAAGCACAAGAUGUGGAUUUCUCAGUUGGUGUGGGGCCCAGUUGUAACAGAAGAAUCAUCAGUACUGGUAGCAGCAGCAGUAGUGGUGGUAACAAUAACAUUGUCGGUGGUGGUACUGAUGAUCAUCAUCAUCAAAAUAUUACUAACAAUUAUACUAAUUCGUCUUCUUAUAGAUCGUCAUCAGGGUUUCGCGUUAUGCGUCCCAGUAGUGGUAGUGGUAGUGGUGGAGCUGGUGGAGGAAUUAACUGUCAAGAUUGUGGAAAUCAAGCUAAAAAAGACUGUUCACAUUUGAGGUGCCGGACUUGCUGUAAGAGCAGAGGAUUUCAAUGUAAUACACACGUUAAAAGUACCUGGGUACCUGCUGCUAAAAGACGUGAACGGUUGCAACAACUUACUGCUCUACAACAACACCAACAAAAUCAACAACAACAAACUCAACUUCUUAGCUUGAGAGCUGAUCAUCACUCUAAUAUCCCAAAAAGGCCAAGAGAAAACCCAUCUUCCUCCUCUCUAGCUUGUACUCGAAUACCCAACAUCUCCUCAGGGUUAGAGUUAGGUGGUCAUUUUCCAUCAGAAGUGAGUUCUCAAGCUGUUUUUCGAUGCGUAAAAGUGAGUGCAAUCGACGAUGCAGAUGAUCAAUAUGCUUAUCAUACGGCUGUGAAUAUUGGUGGACAUUUAUUCAAAGGAAUUUUGUAUGAUCAAGGGGUAGAAGGUCGAUAUAGUGGUGGCGUUGGUGGUGGUGGAGAGAGUUCAUCUGGUAGUGGCGCCGCUCAACAAGCACUGAAUUUUAUUACCGGCGCCACUACAUCCACCACCACAGCAGUCGCCACCACUGGUCACCAACAUCAACCAGCUGUGACAAUGUAUGAUCCUUCAGUGUAUCCAACUCCUAUUACUGCUUUCCUGGCCGGUACGCAAUUCUUUCCACCUCCCCGGCCUUAAGCAGAGACGGAUUCAGAAUUUAUGAACGUUUUGGUUUUAGUGAAGUAUGAGCUAGAAAGUCCUUAGAAUAAUUAAAUUAUUGAUUUUGCUUUAACUUCAUUGACAUAUCCAUUUAGGUGAUGGUAAGGAGAAACUAAUGUUCUACUAUUUCUCCAUGAAUUUAGACAUUGGCUUUCUUAUAUGAUGUUAGUUUUAUAUUUGGAAUUUUAAGUAUGACUCUUAUUUUGUUAGUAUUAAUAUAAUGGUCUUAUCUAUAAGCUCA